AUGGCCAAGGAAGGCCUUGCGCAAGUGCCCCCCUCAAAGGGCGCAGGGUUCUCCCGCCAGCAGCUGCUCAAGAUGGGCAUCAAGGAGUUGAUGAAGGGCAGCGGCGCCAAUGAUGCGGACUCGGAGGCCGCGCGCUCACGGCGAGGAGGACGCCCUGCCCGCAGCAUCACCGAUUGCCCUGACUCAUCGGAUGACGAGGGUGCCAGCCAGGCGCCGCGCAUCGGGACGCAGCCCGAUCGCCGUGCCGAUCAUGGGCAGCCCCCUGUCGAGCAGCAGGACGCCAGCCGCCGCGAGUUCGAGCCCGACGAGUCGCAGCCGCGUGACAGGUGCCCUGAUUGGUCGGAGGAGAGCCCUCGCAGCGGGUUGUCGGCUUGCGUGGGCGUGGACGCAAAGGGAUAUCGCAUGUUUGCCACAAUUGAGACCGCUGGCUCGAUGAUGCCCGAUGAGGUGGGCUACCUGGCGACGUGGUACAGGCCGAAGGGGUGCUUCGUCAAGGUCAUGCACCCGCGCGCGUGGAUGACCGUGGACCCCGACACCUCCCCUGCCGCAGCGGCGCCUGCCGCAGCGGGUGCCGCACUGGCGCCCCCUGCCGCUGCGGCGUCUGCAGCAGCGGCGCCUGCCGCAGCGGCGCCUGCCAGCCGCGCCCGUGGCGGCCCAGCACCGUGCGAGGAGAUUAUCUCUCAGGGGGCAGCGAGACUCGAGGAGGAGAUUCAAGCAGUGAACAUGGGGCGAGUCGACUCAGUCUUGGAGGCUUGCAGAGACGCGGGCUUCCAGUUCAAAGCCAAAUCCCCGCUGUGCAAGAGGUACGAACGGUACCUUGAAGCAAACCCAGCUGAGUAUGACAAAUACAACAAAUCCAACAGGAAGGAUAAAGGAGUCAUGCGCUCCCAGUGGGCUGAAGACGAGUACAAUGAUUACAGCAAGUGGCGGGCCAAAUCCAACAAGUACAGGAACGCCGACCGCGUCCUCGGCAGGCUCAUGAAUUUGGACCAGCUCAUUGUUGCAGAAGGGGGUCACUGCAGCAAAACAGCAGUCCAGGGAGCUCUGGAGACGGCGAGAUGGUGCAUCAAGAGAGGCGCCCCAUACAUCAAGCUGAACAAGCGCAGCAAACGGAUGAUGUUCCGUCACAUCACCGAGGAGAACGACGAGCAGAAUACGACGGAGUGGAAGAGUGAUUUCGAGAAGGAGGCCAAGGUGAUCCUCCAGGAGUACAGGACCUGCCUGUUCCAGGGGCGGGAGAUCCUCAGCGAGAUGGAUCGCGAGGACGAGAAGAAGGGCUGGGCCAUGAUGAAGCCGUUCUCUGACGGCCUCGAUCUGGCCAUCACCGCCGCAGGCAAGAUCCCGCUGUUCGAUCGCAUCCUCACCGAGGGCUUCCAGGAGGUGAAAGGCCAGGUCAGCGAGCAGGAGUGGUCCCAGGGGAUGAAGGAUAUCGCUGCGUUCAAGCCGACAGUCGCGGAGGUUUACAACGAGAGCCAACGUAUGUUAGACCUGCACAAGAAGGGCCAGUCCCAUCCAGAGUCGUGGACCACGCCUGCCAUGUGGGUGGCACCGAACAUACACAAGUACCAAUUCCUCAUCUUAAGUCCACGUUGCGGCUGCGACACAGCAUUCUUGGCCAUGGAGCAAUUGAACAUCCCUACGUGCAGCGCGUCUUGGGACACGAACUCGGACCUCGAGAAUUUCUUGAUCAGCAUUCAUGGCAAGCACAGUGGCAUGCUGAACGUUGGCUCGGAGAAGGGCGACUUCACGCAGGUGGACGCACCAGCAUUCGACAAGAACAGGUUGACCGACAAGGAGAAAGAAAACUUGUGGCACUUCAUGGAGAAACUGGAGGAGGUGCGCCCCGGGAUGGAUGAUUGGGCAGUAGCAUGCCUAGACAUCACGAGAUCGUUCAGCGGAGUGUGGACUCCGCCAUGUCGAUUCGACGACGCGAUCGUCUGCUUGACCACGUCUAACCACAAAAUUUGGUUGCAGAGCGUCUCUGCUCCAUGGAUCAGCCGCUUCCUAUUGCCCGAAGAACGUGCGUCUAUCCAAGGCUUGGAUCCCGCCAUGGUGUCGCUAUUGCCAACCGCGGGGGUCAGAGUCACUGCCAUGGGCAACGCCAUGUCGCUCCCCGCGGUCGGCACGGCCAUCGCCUUCACACUGCAAGGGUUGACGGGAAAGCCUGAUGUUCGAUGA